GCGCAGGCUGAAGCGGUUCAUAGGAGUGUCGCUGCGCGUGUCUGCCUCAGAGGAAAGUGGGAUGCGUUCAGGGUGUCACGGUCAUUCAUCCACUCAAUUAACAGCUAAUUACAAGCCUGCUCGGGAGUCUGGUGUGUGUGUGUGUAUGUAUGUGUGAUUCAUCACGACGUGGCCUCACUGCUGUAAAACCACGGACCAGACCGCUGGAUCAACCUCUGGAGACACAAACCGGGUGAGAAGCCUCGGGCGGACAUGUCGGAAAACGCCGGCUGCGAGUUUGAAAUCGACGUGGAGGGCCUGGAGACGGAGAGCGACGACCCGGCGGACUCCUCCAGCCGCCCCGGCUCGGCGCCGCUCGGCCACGCCGCCUCCGAGGACGACGGAGACGGCGGCAAGGGCGACGACAAGCCGGGCCCCAGCGGCCUGUGUCCGGGGGACCAGAGGAAGCUGAGCCGCACGCCGAAGUGCGCCCGCUGCCGCAACCACGGCGUCGUGUCCUGCCUGAAGGGACACAAGCGCUUCUGCCGCUGGAGGGACUGCCAGUGCGCCAACUGCCUGCUGGUGGUGGAGAGACAGCGGGUGAUGGCGGCGCAGGUGGCCCUGAGGAGGCAGCAAGCUACGGAGGAUAAAAAAGGGAUGUCUGGGAAACAAAUUCCAGCAGAGAGGAGGACGAUAUAUCAGCGACAUAUUCGACCGUCCACCAUGCUCGCCAAAAGCAUCCUCGAAGGAUACCGUCCGGUGCAGUCUGAUCCAUUCCUGGCGGCCAACCCGUCUCUGCCUCCGCCGCUGAGCGAUCGCAUGAGGAAGAGAAGGGCCUUCGCCGACAAGGAGCUGGAAACCAUCAUGCUGGAGCGGGAGUACAAAGAGCGAGAGCUGCUGGAGAACAGCCAGGCGGCCACGGCUUCGCUCCUCUUCCCGAACAACAUGGUCCACCAAGCCGCAGAGUACAACUACAAGACGGCCUACUCGCCGGCAGCUCAGGUUGAGCCGCAGCCCAAAGAGCUAUGCAACUUCCUGGGCCCCAACUGCCUGGAUCUGUCCAUGCAGUACCCCGCCGGCUCAGCCAACGUCGAGCUCAUCUCCUCCAACGUCAGCGUGGCCACCACCUACUGCCACUACCCGCUGCAGCCGUCGCGAGGCGGCUUCAUGAUGUGGCCCCGUGGUGCGGCCAACCUAGGCGACGCCCUGCUCUACCAGCAGUGCCUGUUCAAUGCCACGGCGAUGCAGAACAUGAAGCCGGGUGCCGUGUGGGAGCCCAAGGUGAUGCCCGCCGAGAGCCAGCCGCCGGAGCAGGAGGCUGCGGCCGUGCUUGCUGCUAAACAGGAAGGAUCCCGAGCCGCGGCGCUGCAGGACUCAUCAGACCCUCAGCGGGCUCAUCCCAAACCUCCCGGUGUCACCCAGGGGGGGCAGAGGGAGUGCUCAGCCUUCUCUCCACCCAAGAGGGGAUUUGGACAAUCCUUCCCCAACAACUCUCAUUCCCAAAACUCCAGCCAAGUCCUGAACAAGCUGAGCAAGGACAGCGCGAAGCUUUCCAUGAAACUCAACUCCUUUCACUCCCUAAUCCAGAACUCACUGAGCGAAAAACACAGCGGCGGGGCCGGGCCGGAGCUCAGGGCGCCAUACUGCAAAGAGCUCUUAGAGGAGGCCGCCCGCAAGUUCAGGGAGGGCUCUGCCAAGGACGUUCAGGCCGUUAAAAUCACCGACAGGUACGCCAAAGACUUUCUGUCCAAGCCUGUGGGGACCAAGAUGGCGUCCAGUGAGUCUUUGUCCUUCUCUGUGGAAGCCAUACUGAAGAAACCCACACCUGCGAUGAGUCGAGCAUUCCACUGAUUUCCAUUAAUGUCUUUUCUUGCACUACACACGUCAGAUUUGUCUCAGUUAGAGGGCAUCUCGAGUUGUGGUUUUGGGGUCAAACUAAAUCUUAAACACACAGGCACUGCAUCAGAAAUUAGACCAGUUAGAAAUUCUUUUUUUUUUUUCUCAAUGUAAUAUUUAUGUACAGUAUAUUAUAUUUUACAUGUGCAUGUUUAAUAACUUUAUUCUGUAGAGUAUUUAAACAUUAUCCCAAUGUUUUCCUCAUGUUAAUAAACUUUAUAAGACUGAACUCUUUCCAUAAAAAGUCUUGCAUUUCAUUUUAUGAUGAAGUUAUGACGCGUUAAACUGCGAACGCGUCAGAAGUUAGUCUGCACCCACCAAUACAUCACUGUGGUUUUUACAUCCACACUCAGCAAAAUAGACUGAUGGGAGAAAUCAUUUUAGAUGAGGCUUAUCUUACAUGUAAAAAUAUUAGCAGAUAGAAAACAGGUUUUAGUUUAUUAACUUUAUUUCACAUAAACCGAGCAUAAUUUGCAGACAGGAUCUCAUUUUUUAAAAAUUUAUUAUUUGACACCUUUUGUGAAAGGCAAUAUUUACUAAAGUGCAGAUGUUCAGCUCGCAGCGUGUAGGAAAGAAAUCCUACAACUGUACUUUAUUGAAAAAAAAAGAACAUAAAAUACAGGUUGAAUGUUUGGUGUUGACGUUCCAUACUUAAUUUAGAUUGUGUGCAAAUCUUUGGGACAUGAAAUUUAGUCACAAUAUCUUCUGAAGACAAAUUUGGCAGCAAACAUUUAACUUUCUGUAAACUAAGCCUCGCUAAGAGUCAUUCAAGGAUAUAAG